AUGCUCACUGCCGAAAAGCUUGUACAUGCAUCUCAGCUAGAUAGUGUGGAGACCGCACGUGGAAAGACUGCCGAAGACUUGGCCACCCACGUCCACGAAGAAACAAUUCCAUCACCACCUCAGGCUGCAUGUCCAACGGAGGACGAGCUCAGAACUCUGAGAAGGGUACCCGGCGAUCUUAACUUCAAAGUUUUCACUAUUGCCUUGAUAGAGCUAUGUGAAAGAUUCACAUAUUACGGCACUGGUCAAUUAUUGACAAAUUUUAUCCAACGGCCUCUGCCUUUGGGUUCAACCACCGGAGCCAGCGGUGCCAAUGCCCAGUCCGGUGCUCUUGGAUUUGGACAGAGAGCGGCCUAUGCAAUUAACACUUUCAAGCAAUUCUUUUUUUACAUAACGCCUUUAUUCGGCGCUUACUUGGCCGACGUGCGGUGGGGACGCUACAAAACAAUUUGCGUUAGUAUUGGGCUUGGGAUUAUUGCCCAUAUUGUCAUUGUUAUUGCCGCUCUGCCGCAAGUCAUCUUCCUUCCAACUGCAUCGCUAUCAGUCUUUGUAGUUGGGUUGACUUUGCUUGGCCUCUCGACGGGAGGCGUCAAAUCAAAUUUGGCUCCUUUGAUUGUUGAACAAUUACCUGUCACCGGUAUCCAAGCCCACGCCCUUGCAACUAGCGAAAGGGUAAUCAUCGACCCAACGGCUACAGUGAACAGAGUUUAUAUGCUCUGGUACUUGUUCACAAAUAUCGGGGCCCUGGUAGGGAUUCUCACGAUGCCAUAUGUGGAGAAGUACCGUGGUUUUUGGCUUGCUUGGCUGAUUCCUACUCUACUCUAUUUGUUGUGCCCCCUUGUCAUGAUAUGGGGUCGUACCAAAUAUAACCGUUCUCUGCCUGACCCAUAUGCCCUAGGGAACGCCGUCAGGCUUUUGCUUUUCACACAAAAGGGUCGAUGGUCAAUCAACCCACUUGAAACAUGGAGGCGACUUAGGCAAGGAGAUAUGUGGGAGUCGGUUAUGCCGUCCUCUAUUGAGCCCUCAGAUCGCCCGACUUGGAUGACUUUUGACGACAGGUGGGUGAGAGAGAUCAGGCGCGCUACAAAAGCUUGUGGCGUAUUCGCAUGGUAUCCAUUAUUCUUCCUUUGCUUCAAUCAGGUCAACAGCAAUCUCGUCUCUCAAGCAGCUACGAUGCAACUACACGGUUUGCCGAACGAGUUCAUUACUGUUGUCGACCCGAUCAGCAUCAUCGUUGUCGUUCCGAUUUUUGACCGAUUCUUAUUCCCGCUGUUGAGAAAUCUCGGGAUCAACGUCUCGCCAAUUCGGCGCAUAACCGCUGCAUUUUUUUGUGGUUCAAUUGGCAUGGUAUGGGCAGCUGUUUUGCAGUAUUAUAUCUACAAGAAAUCCCCAUGCGACUACCAGGCAAAUUCUUGCGACGAAGUUUCUUCGAUUAAUGUUGGGGCGCAAGUUGGAAUAUAUGUCAUAAUUGCUAUAGGAGAGGUUCUUGGAAAUACCACCAUUCUAGAGUACGCAUACACGAAAGCGCCUGAAAACAUGCGCUCUCUCGUACAGGCUCUUGGGCUUUUUGCAAGCGCGAUAGCUGCCGCAUUAGGGCAAGCUCUCGCUCCUUUGAGCAAUGAUCCGCUGCUCACCUGGGACUACGCUGUUACGGCGAUCCUGGCCGCCUUUGGAGGGUGUAUGUUUUGGUUUCAGAUGAGACAAUUAGAUUACCAGGAAGAUAGUCUCAAUGGGUUAUCCGAUGACCAGGCUGAGAACAAGGCGGAUGAGGAGUUUCAGCAACGCCGCUAG